AUAACGCCUUGAAAUAUGCUUUAAUUCAUGAUUAAGUGAUAUAUACGAUCAUAAACCAGCAUUCUAUACAUAUACUCGCCUGAAGAAAGACAACAAACAAAUAUUGCGCCUAAAAGUAUGCAAUGUAAACAUCUAAAUUAAAAGAUUAAAAACAAAAUAACUCUAACAACUACUUCGCAAACAAAACAAUCUCUCAACUAACUGGUUCCUGAUAAGAAAACACCAAUCGUUUUUUUCUCUCCCUCCCUCGACAACUCGAAUAUCUCGCUCUAUAAAUAUGCUCAAAUUCUAAAUUUUAUUCUAAGAAACAAAUACACAAAAAGCAACAACACACAAGCCAACAUGCAACGCGGCAGCAGUGAAGAGCGUAUUGCCAGCGCUAAUUCAAGUCCUCGCCAUUCAAAUAAAUCAGCAGGUUCAGGUCUAUUUGGCCUACUUACCAAACGUUCUACAAAAGUUGAACCGCAUCCAAGUGUUGAAGUGGAGCACAACAACAAACCGGCCAAUAGUGGGAGUGGCAAUAACAACUAUAUGAGCACAUCUUACGAUGGCGGUGGCAGCGGGCAUGACACCUCAUUUGCCAAGUGCAACUCGGAGAAGAAAUCACCCUCACUUUUGAAUGAGGCUGGGAAUCAUGUGGCGAACAAAUCCAAGAGUCACACACUACCCAAUAAUGUCACCCCGGGGGAUAUGAUGAAGGAUGCAGCGAACAUGGAGAAAUCACACAGCAGUGGCAUCAUCAAUUUGCACCGUAAAGUCAAGGCGGGGAAGAACAAAAGCCACAUCCAUCGCCACAGCACAGAUGGUUCGCAGAGUGAUGGUGGCGGGAGUACGGAGGUGGUGUUGAGGAAAGCACCCAAGCAUCGUUCGCCAAACCACAAUAGAUUUAGCCAUCAAUUUAGUUUGUGUUGCAAGGCCGAGAAGAAGCCAGCAACACCUCCGGUGACGGUACGUUACAAUUCCAUUCCAGAUGCAGCACAAGUUGUGCGCAGGGACAACAUGUCCUUGAGUUGGACGACAGCCGACAAUGCCUCGUUGUCGCUAAAUUCGUCUAUACUAAAUCCCAAUUGUAGUCUGCAACCUCCUGGCGGUUUGGCCACCAGUGCCAAUUUGACAGAAUGUGCCAGUGCUCCCCAAAGUCCGGUUACCGGAAAACCAAUGACAUUUCCUAUGGUUGACAGCUCAUAUGGCUCACCUUCCAAUUCUUCCUUACGUAGUAAUUUAAGUGAUACCCCCAAUGGGGCUGGGGCUGUGGCAAAUGGUCCCAUAAGGCCAAUUGCCGUGCAGGCCUGUAGAUCUCGUCUGAGGCUAAAAUUGUAUCCUCCUGGAAAGGAAUUACCACCAUUUGGAGCUGGUUUCCUACCAGCCGAAGAGGGCAAAGUAUCGGCCAUAAAGAGGGCCACAACGCCCCAGCAUAUGUCCUCGCCCAAUAUUGCCACGCAACCGGAACCAGCAUUUACCACGGAAGAGGCAGAGACACAGGCCAUACGUUUUAUGUCCCAGGACAAUAUGCAAUUGGAGAGGCAGGGUUCGAGUACGGGUUUGGCGCGGCAGGCUUUAAUGGCAGCCCAGGUUCUGAGUUUGAUACCCACAGAAAAGGCAAGGGAGAGGAGUUAUUUAGAUGGCCGUUUGGGAUCCUCUUCCCUGCUGGGGCCAAGUGAAUUGAACAAAGUUCUACCCACUAAGGAAGUCACAAUAUUUGUUGGCACCUGGAACAUGAAUGGACAAAGUCCACCCAAGGAAUUGAAUGACUUUGUGUUACCAUCUAAUGUCGAACAUGUUCCCGACAUUGUGGCCAUUGGUACCCAGGAGUCUAGCCCAGAUCGUUUUGAAUGGGAAGUUACCAUACAAGAGACCCUGGGACCAUCCCAUGUGCUAUUCCAUUCAACAACUCUGGGCACUCUCCACCUGGCGGUGUACAUGCGACGCGAUUUAAUUUGGUAUUGUUCGGCACCCGAAGAUGCAAGUUUGUCGGUCAGAACUGGUUCAGCAUUUCGUACCAAAGGCGCCGUGGCCAUAUCGUUUUGUCUGUUCGGCACAUCGAUGCUUUUCGUUACCUCGCAUUUAACGGCCCAUCAGCAGAAGGUCAAGGAACGCGUGUCGGAUGUUAAGCGUAUAAUCCAUGCUCUCGAUUUGCCCAAGAAUCUCAAUUUGCGGCACAAAAACAAAGAUGUUACCCAGAAUUUCGAUAAUGUUUUCUGGUGUGGGGAUCUCAAUUUUCGUUUGGGAGAACCGCGAGAGAAGUUGUUGGAAUGGAUACAGAAUACGAAAUUUCCUCUGCCCUCACAUUUGCCACAUGGCUAUAUGCAUACGGAUCAAUUGUCAUCGGUGUUGGCUGAUGGUGCUGCAUUUCGUGGUUUUAUGGAGGCGAAUAUAACAUUUCCACCCACCUAUAAGUAUGAUCCCGGUACACAACAUUUCGAUACAUCUUCCAAGCAACGGGCCCCAGCCUACACCGAUCGCAUACUCUACAAGUAUCGUCAAGCUCAGGGUCUAAUGAUGCGACGACAAAGUACCGUGCCCGGUUUGCCGUCACCGACACCACCCUUUGUACAGUGUCUACUGUACGAUUCUGUACCGUCCAUUAUAACCUCCGAUCACAAGCCGGUGUGGGCAUUAUUCAAGACACUGAUACGAGCGGGUACAGAUUCCAUUCCAUUGGCAGCUGGUCUCUUCUGUCGUGAUAUUUACCUAGAGGGUAUGAAACGUAGACUUAAUAAUCAUUAUAGCGGCUCUUCGGCGGUCUGUUCGAUACAGUAAUGGCAAUAAAUUAAUUAGCGUACGCACAUAGUUUUAACGUACAUUUUACAAUGGUGUUUGUUAGAGAAUUUAGAA